AGCAACCUAGUCUUGUACAUGCAAGAAAAUUAUCUGAUUCUACUGUAUUAUCAAUGUUGAUUCGUUUCACCAAAAUCGUUUCUCUUUUUAAUUUUUAUAUGUUGCCCAUUAAUACAAUCAUAAUAUAUUCCAAAAUCCAUUAACCAGAGAGAAAAAAGGAAUUCCAAAAUCCCAAACAUCCCAGUUGGAUUCCCAAAUCCCACCGUACUCUGUCGGCCGCCGUCGCACUCGGCUACUGUCCUGAUUUGUUCAUCCUCAGCAGCAUCAGUCACCGCUCUCACCACCUUGCGGCUUCUCCAGAGAAAUCGGAGAUAAAAAAAAAUGCAAAAAAUGGAUAGCUGUGGUACUACUAGCAAAGAGCGAGGCACCACUGACUUCCGAUGCGUGCAGUGUGGAUUCCCUAUGAAGACACUCUACAUUCAGUAUUCUCCAGGAAAUAUUCGCCUCAUGAAAUGCGGAAACUGCAAAGCUGUUGCUGAUGAGUACAUUGAGUGUGAAGUAAUGAUCCUCAUAAUUGAUUUGAUACUGCACAAGCCCAAAGCAUACAGACAUUUAUUCUACAAUAUGUUCAGUAAAGAGACUGUCAAUUUUGAGAGCGUGUUGUGGAAAUCAGUUUUGGCUUACCUUCUGUUGGAUAUCUCUACCCUAGACAGAAUGUGGGUGUUGAGAACAAAUGAAAAGGAAUGGCCUUCCCGUGCAAGCGUUGCUUCUUUGUUACUGGAAUUUGGAAAGAUGCUGGCUGGUGUUAUCUUGGGGAACCUCAUCUUUCUUUGUGUUGUAUUUCAAGCCACCAGGAAGUUUCUGAGGGCAUCAACUGGAUUUUAUGGCUGCUUCAUGCAUUCUGUGGCUUUUAUUUCUCGAAUUGGGAGAGAUUUGCUGAAGGCAGCAAGUUUCGACUUGAAAACGUUCGCUACAAGGAUAACUCACCAAUUAGUCAACAUUCAUGUCUUCAGUUCGGUAACAUGGUGGAAACAGAUAGUUCUUGUAGUCCUUGUUUCAAGUUACUUCAAGAUCUUUCUCAUGGCCAUGAUGGUCUGGGAAUUUCCUUCCUCUGUGAUCUUCAUCAUUGACAUUUUUGUCAUAUCAUCCAAUAUUGUGGCUUUAAAAGUGAUUACCAACUCAGUGAUGAUGAGAUGCUUGGCAGUUUGUGCCAUAGCACAUGGUUUGAAGUUUUUAGCCAGUCAAAACAAAGCGUUUGUUCUCCAAAACUAAGUCAUAUAUAUACGUCAAUGGUUCAGUGAAGCUGUGAUAUGGAACGGUAUGGUCAAAAUUCAACAGAUUGCAGGUGUCUUCAACUUUGAGUAGUUAGUGGGAACAAUGAAUAUAUUGUACUCCGAAGAUGGUUAGAAAUGCUAUGAUCCAGGCUGAAGAUAGCUGCCUGUAAAGUUAUAAGCCAUAUCUGCGACUGCAAGUCAGUAGGUAAGGAAUUUGGUAGCUCGUGAAUUCAGAGGCAUUUUCUUUUACCUAGAUCUGCUUCGCUAAUGAUAUGAUAACAUAAUUUCUCCUUAGGAUUAGAUGUUGACUUGUUCUGAUUACAGUGUUGAAGAGAGCAAUUUUUUUCCUCUGAUCUAUUCAAUUUCUUUCUUUCCGUUUUCUUCUUUUCCUCUCUUUUUGAUGAUAGCAUAUGCUGCACAUGCAUGUAUCUUAAUAUUAUGAGGCCUAUGCUGUAUUUCCGUGCCUGUUUCUUGAAUUGUAAUACCAAAGCAAAUCUGUAAGAUGUACAUUGUCAUAGUACUCUGUUGGGUUGAAUUCAGUUCUUGAUUUAUGCAAUAUCCAGGAUUAAAUCGUCA